AUGCCCAAGCAACCCAAGCUCCGUCCGAAAUCCCACAUUCCUGGCUUUCCAGAUGCCAUGUAUGACCUCUCGGCCAUCUCAUCACUGUCCCAACUGGAAUCUCGUGCGGGCCUAGGGGACGAGAAGCACGACCAGCGGGUCUUUCGAGUCAAGCGCAAGCAUGUCUUGAAAGCCUGCGAUCGCUGCAGAGUCAAGAAAACCAAGUGCGAUGGGAAGCAACCAUGUAACCGUUGUUCGGCCUACAAUCAUCCUUGUCUGUUCCGGGAGAGGAAGGCGACUCAGACGAAGGUCUACUCGCGAGGGUUCGUCGAGAUGCUCGAGUCGCACCACUCCCUCGUCGUGAAAGCACUGCAGAGGCUGUAUAAGCUUUGCAUCAACAAAGAAGACUUUCCCGGAGAGCCUCUCGCCGAAGCUCCCGACGGGUAUCCACUGACGCAUACGAUCCUGGACCGUCUAGGACUGAUCAAGCAGGCUGAGGAGAAUCCGGAGGAGCCCGACGAAGACACUGAAGACCUUCAGUAUCUGCGGUUUCUGUCCACCUCGACCGGCUGCAGUCCAACGACCGACCCAUCUCCGGAGCCGGCGACUCCACCGGAGCCCUCGUCCAGUAACUGCAGCCCCACAAAGCUUUCCCCCAAGUCCGGCGUAUCCUGGAAGUGGGACUAUCCGCCCCUGCAGCCAGUCAAUCCCUAUCCUAACUAUCAAUCCUUCCAUGGCAUGGCGGUACCCCGGCCGCCCCUGAUGCCGGCUCCUGCCGAGGCCAAAUGCCCGGAACCCGUCCAUUCGGUGUCCGAUCCGGAUCACCCCUAUUUCUGCUACAUGGAUAACAAUGGCAAUGGAGAGCUAAUGAAAAGCCGCCUCUCCUCUGGCAUCGCUGCCGAGCCCGGAAGCCACCAUAUGCCAACGCCUGCUGGUAUGUCUGUCGAUAUCCUCGGAGACUACAAUCUGCAUUUGCAUGAACAGCAACAGCCUGUUUAUCACGGUAUUGCCCCUGGCUGGAAUUUCCCUUGUGGGUAG